AUGGCAACGGCUUUGUCCGUGACUCACUCCGUGGCGACCGCGUCAACUGUAACCCACUCCAAGACAACCGACUGCAGACCAAUCGGAAGAAACGUUUCCAUUGUCGUGCUGGCUCCUGCAGUCAACAACUCGAGCAGCAACACUCAACCCACCUUGCACUCCCUCUACUCGUCAGCUGAGCAGCAGUCCGACACGAGCUUGAAGGAGAAGGUUCUGCCGCCGGAUUUCCUCCGCACGGCUGCUGGGCUCUCCUCGUUGCUCAUCGCCUCGGCCCUUCGUCUGAACUCAACGCGGUACGGAUUCGACUCCUACGUGCUGGGCCUUGGGGCAUCCGUCGGCGUUUCUGUUUGGUCAGGUGAGUGGCAGAGUGGUUUGGAGUGGUAG